CAAAAGCAGCAAAUUAAACCCAGAACGGAAAAUGGAGGAAAUUAAGAAUGAUGGAAGAAGAGGCCAUGCACAUGUGGUGCUGAUUCCAUACCCAGGCCAAGGCCACAUCAACCCUCUCCUCCAAUUCGCAAAGCACUUGGCUUUCAGAGGCGUCAAAGCCACUUUGGCCACCACCCAUUACACCGCCCGCUCCAUCUGCGCUCCAAACGUCGGCGUCGAGCCCAUCUCCGAUGGAUUCGACGAGUCCGGCUUUGCCCAAGCAGGAAGCGAGGAUGUCUACCUGAAUUCCUUCAAGUCCAAUGGUUCCAGAACUCUGUCUCAGCUCAUCACCAAGUACAAAAGCUCCGGCUUCCCAGUCGACUGCGUGGUUUAUGAUUCGUUUCUUCCUUGGGCUCUCGACGUGGCCAGGGAGCACGGCAUCUAUGGAGCCUCCUUCUUCACCAACUCGGCGGCAGUCUCCUCGAUUUUCUGCCUGUUGCACAGCGGCCAGCUUAGCCUGCCGCUGAAGCUAGAUGAUGAUGAGUCGUCGCUACAACUACCCGGCCUUCCUCCUUUGAAAUCCCGCGACAUUCCGUCUUUCCUGCAGGCACCGGGAAGCUACCCUGCUUACUUGGCGAUGAAACUAAGCCAGUUCUCUAACUUGGAGCAGGCUGACUGGGUGUUUGGCAACACCUUUGAAGCAUUGGAAUGGGAGGUGGCGAGAACAGUGUCGGAGCUAUGGCCGGUGAAGAUGAUCGGUCCAAUGGUGCCAUCAGCGUACUUGGAUGGAAGAAUUGAGGAUGACAGAGGGUACGGGGCCAGCCUCUGGAAGCCGCUUGGCGACGAGUGCAUGGAAUGGCUGGAAGAAAAGCCAUGCCAAUCUGUGGCGUACGUCUCAUUUGGGAGCAUGGUUUCAUUGUCGGCCGAGCAGAUGGAGGAGAUGGCAUGGGGGCUGAAGGACAGCGACGUGAACUUCAUCUGGGUGGUGAGGGGGAGUGAGCUUGACAAGCUGCCUAAUGGUUUCAUAGAAUCCACAAGGGAAAAGGGGCUCAUCGUGACAUGGUGCAACCAGCUAGAGAUGCUGGCGCACCGGGCCAUCGGCUGCUUUGUGACGCAUUGCGGCUGGAACUCGACUCUGGAAGGGCUGAGCCUCGGGGUGCCCAUGGUUGGGGUGCCGAAAUGGGCGGAUCAGCUGACGGAUGCCAAGUUCAUAGAGGGAGUUUGGAGGGUUGGGGUUAGAGCGAAGGAGGACGAAAAGGGGAUUGUGAGAAGGGAAGAGCUCAUUGCCUGCUUGAAGCAAGUGAUCCUGAAAUCUGGGGGGAGCAGCGAUGAGAUGGUCAUGAGGAGAAAUGCCAGAGAAUGGAGGGGAUUGGCAAAGGAAGCCAUGAGUGAAGGAGGGAGCUCAGACAAGAGCAUUGCCCAAUUUGUGGAGCACUUGAAAAGCCGUGGCAGGAAUGGGUACAGCAAUGGCAACUGAUGAUAAGCUCCAGACAGUUUGAUGGAUUCCAAAAGCAUCAUCUGUUGAUGAUACCUUACAUUUUUCAUGUCUUUUUUUAUUCUUCUUCUUUCAGUUUAAGGGGUAAAAAUUAAGGUCGAGUGAGUUGCUUAAUUAUGGUCAUCUAUUGUGAUUCUAAGAUGAACUCUUGUAACGCUUUCUUUAUUCCCAUACGUGUGCCAAUAAUAAAGUAAUAUACAAACUUUUCUAAGUCCAACAAAUCAAGCAGCG